AUGGACAAUGCUAGUUUUCAAGCAGAUUCAGUAUCCCAUAGUCACGGAUCCAGUUUUAUAUCAGGAGUGCAAUCACAAGUACAGAUUCAACCAGCAGAAUUAUCAACAAUUGUUGAUGUUACAACCGACGAAUCAAAAAAUGAUCAGUCAAAACGACCAACAUCUCCACAGAAAAAACGACCUCAUUGGAAGAUGACUUAUUAUUUUUAUAUUCAUAUGGGUUGGUUUUUAAUCAGUUCAUUGUUAGGUGGUUUAAUCGUUUGGCUUAUUGAAAAUCAUUUAUCCUCACGUAAUCUUCAAAUUAAAGUCAAAUAUAUUGAUGCAUGGUUUGUUAGUAGUUCAUCUGUAUGUAGUUGUGGUUUGACAACAUUAGAUUUUGCAAAACUUUCACAAGCAUCUCAAAUAAUUCUUAUGUUUUUUACAUUUAUAUCUGGUGUUACAAUAAGUACACUACCAGCAUUAGUUGUUAAAGCUUAUACACACAGAAGAGUUGAAGGAGUAACAGUGGAUGAUGAUCAUGGUGAGUUAGAAGACGAAGAUGAUGAUGUUGAUGAAUUACCAACGAUUAAUAUUCGACACGGAAGAAAUUUACCAGUACAUAUACGAAAACAACUUGCAACAUUACCAAAUGCACGACAACUUCGUUAUCGUGCUUAUAUAACAUGUAUUGUACUUAUUCUUGCUACUUGUUUUACUAUUUAUAUAAUAAUGUUUUUUGCUAUUGGUGGUUGGAUACAAACACAUUAUAAAUCUGAAGAAUUAUUUCAAGGAAAUUCUACUAUUAAUCCAUGGUAUAUUUCAUUUAUUGUUACUGUAACAGGUUUUAAUCAAAAUGGAUUUUCACCAUUUUCAGAUGGUCUUUCACGUUUUGUUUUUGAUGUUUAUCUUAAUUUGUUUCUUAUGAUGUUAAUUAUGAGUGGAACAUCACUUUUUCCUUUUAUAUUACGAAAUGUUGUUAUAUUGUUACGUUAUUUAUCACCAUGGCGUCAUAAAGUUAUAUUUGAUUAUAUUCUUUUGAAUAAUCAUCGUUUAUCUACUUUACUUUUUCCUGCUGUACAAACUCGUAUUUAUCUCUUUGUAACCGUUUUAUUAUACAUAUUAGGUGUUAGCAUUUCACUUAUACUAGAUUUACAUAGUGAACAUUUUGCUAUUUAUCCAUCAGGUAUACGUGUUCUUAUAUUUAUAUUUCAAACAAUAAAUACACGUUUUGCUGGAUUUCAAACUGUCGAUAUAAAUUUCUUUGCAACUGCAACAUUAUUAGUUUAUCUAUUGUUAAUGGCAACAAAACCACAAAUGUUAUGCGCUCUUGAUGAAUCUCCAUUGGAAUUAUCUUGGUUAGCAUUACAAGCACGAGAGGAAGCUGAAGCUGAAAAAAAUUCUAUGCCAAAUGCAGAUAGUAACUCGGGUUUACUUGCAUCUGAUAGUCGAUUAGGAUCGAGUCUAUCAUUAUCAACAAGUGGUGUUUUACCUAUGAAACAUAUGGAACGUUUUCUACGUCGACAAAGUUUAGUUACUAAAAAUCUUGUUCGAUUACAAUUUAGUAAUUCAGCAGUCGAAGAUGGUACAAAUCAUAAACCUCGACGUUUAAGUCAUUUACAUCAUCGUUUAUUUCUUAUUUAUUUUGCACGAGCUAUUAUAAAACAUACAUUUAGUUUUUUUAUAUUAACUCGUACUUGGUUAUUUUUUUUUAUAUUUCUUAUAUGUGCUAUUGAAAAUGGUCGAAUGUCACCUAUUGAUCCAAAUAUAACUGUAUUUAAAGUA